UGACUGAAGCUCUGACUGAGAGUAUCAGAAUGGGAAGGAUGGAGCAGGCGGGGGAAUUAAACAACUUUGAAUGAAAUUCAGCAUUGUCUAAAUGUCAACAAUUUCAAAUGGGAACAAAGCAUCUUGGGACGUCCCUAGAGACAAGACAAAAACGAAUGCAAUUGAGCAUCUUAAGUUGAUUGUGCCUGUACAACAACUAAAGGUUUUGAUUUAAAAAGCGGGAAAAGUAGAACAGCAAUUACAUAAUAUCCAUUUCUUGUUGUCAGGUUCAAGUUUCAGGAUGCAUUCAAAUGCUCUGGUUGGACACUGCAACAAAUGUUUUCUUACCUAAUGGCAAUUGCAAAUCAGACAUGCUGGGGGAAAGCAGGAAUAAGAUGUAAAGCAGAAGUCAUUCCCCGUUCCUGAUCAAUCAGAAACGUGUUCCAGGUCAUUUCGGAGCCCUGUCCUGACCCUGUCCACAGCUGACAUCCUGAGGAUGUACGGUAACGCGUCAAACAUCUCGGACUGCAGCCCCUCCAGCCUCGAGGCCACGAAGGUCGUCGUUGCCUGUCUUUUCUUCGUCAUGUUCCCCUUUGCGUUACUGCUCAACGGGCUCGCGGUCUGGGUGUCUUUCCACCUCCGCUCAGUUUCCACUUUUGUAGUUUAUCUCAAAAACCUUGUGCUGGCUGACAUGCUCAUGACAUUGACCAUCCCUCCCAUGGCCGCAAACCUGCUUCCUGGGGCAAAAAUUCAGAUUAAGGUCUUUACGUGCCGUUAUGCUGGAGUCGUUUUUUACACCAGUUUGUACACCAGCAUAACCUUGAUGGGUCUCAUCAGCGUGGACCGCUUCUUCAAAAUUGUUCGGCCCUGGGGAAGCACGCUGGGGCAAAACAUAGUGUUCAGCAAAAUAGCAUCCAACUUCGUUUGGGUUGUGCUGUUCGGAGGUACGGCUGUCCCAACUAUGAUUCUGACUGAUGAAACUCCUCGCAAUGACUCGGAAGACAGCUGCUUGUCCCUGAAGGGGCCAGUUGGGUUGACUUUUCACAGGUACGUGGUGAGCUUUAUGGAGAUCCUUUUCUGGAUUUGCAGCGUCCUGACUGUGUCUUGCUAUGUCUGCAUCACAAUGAGAGUCCUGCAGUCCUUCAGAAACUCCGGGAGCAACAACGGCAAAGGAAAGAAGAAGACCAAACUACGGGUCUUCCUGGUUCUCCUUGUGUUUUGUGUGUGCUUUGCUCCCCUCCAUUUACUACGCAUCCCUCUUAAUCUGCAUCAAGUUGAUGUCUGCAAUCAAGAAUGGUUGCUCAUAUUGCACGAAUUAGCCAUCUGGGUUGCUUCCACAAACGUCUUCCUCGACCCGUUUCUGUAUGUCCUCCUGUGCAAAAGCUACAAAACCAAACUGACUGACAUGGUAAAAGGAGCAGGCAUCUGCAUUUUGAACAAGUGAAACAAAGAAGGUGACUGUCAAAAAUAGAGACUUCCUCAGGUUUAAAAAUGUUUUAUUAAGAGAAAAACAGGGAAAGGGUCAUUUUUAACUUUUAUGUUGCACAGCCCUCUAGUGACCAGAUGUAGAUUGACAUCUUUUUGAGAUUAAAGGCUGGUUACACAGGUUACUGUGUUUUUCAAACCUUUUUUUAAAAAGUAUCAUCUCAGUGAAAACUAAAGAUUUCUCUAAAUUGAGAGACAUUUUAAAUCAGGGUUUUUUUUGUUGUUGUUGUUGUUCUUGUUUUUU